UCAUUUUAAAUUUUAGCUUAGUUGCAACUAGCAGUCUGAAUAAAGCCGUCGUGUUCAAGUAAAACGUCAAAAUAUUAUACAUAGGUACUUGAAGUCAAUCGGUGCAGUAAAAAGUUUAAAACAUGGAUGGAAAUGCAGGUUGCCCUCCAGGGGCGGGGACUUUACAUAAAUCAUUAGCGGAAGUUCUGUUUAAAUUAGCGGAAGCUCUGGGUAAAUGUAUAGCGGAAAAUCUGGAUAAAUCAGUAGCGGAAGCUCUGGGUAAAUCAUUAGCGGAAGCUCUGGGCAAAUCAUUAGCGGAAGGUAAUAACGAUACUGCUUCGAAUACUGCUAAUGCGGAGAAUUCUACGUCGAAUACUUACGAAGAAGAUGAAUGUGGACCAGUCGAUAAUUCAGCCGACUCCAGGUGGACAUUGAAGCAUAAAAAACGUGCCCCUGGACUUAAGGAACUGAUACCCGAAAGUGGCGUAUACAUAAAUGCUAGAUCCUUUGAAAACAUUGAAACGUCAGCGAAAAAUGCUUCAGAUUUAAUUCGCAAGCUGAUGCCAGAGAUAUUUAGCGAAAAAGCCUUGAAUGUUUGCAGUUUAAAAGGCAAGUUUAAUAGACCUGGCUUAGAUUGUAAUGCCGUCAGAACGAUACUUACAUUUGUUGAUGAAUACGGCGCAGAAAAAAAAUGGGACAAGUAUGGGAGAGACGUUUGUUCAGUUAUGAGGAGUUGGUUAAACAAUUACAGAGAGAAGAACGCACAGAAAAAAAAUACAGACUCCCCGCGGGGGAAACAGUAGGCACCGCUCAUUAUAUCCUUGUGUACUAUUUAUUAGAAAAUUACUUAAUAUUGUGUGUAGAAUUCAUAUUGUUUUUUUAUCCAAAACUGGGUACGCUCCCAGUCGACACCGAUAGUGAGGUUUUUAAUAGUUUUUAAUGAAAAUGUAAAUAUGAUAAACCCAUAUCAAAAGUUUUACACAAAUACUAUUAACUUGUAAGGUAAAUAAAUAUUACCACACUAUUUUUUUUAGAUAAAUAAAUAUUACACAAAACAUUAUUUAGUCGAUCAACGAUAGGGGACGAUGUUUAUGAAGUUUUAAUUUUGGAAAUAAAUAACUUGGUUUUUUA